UCCACCAAACAGGCCCUAAAUUUUCCCCGACAUAUGCUGUUCCCAUCGUGAACGCUCUUACAACCCUGCUUUCCGGUUAUGUUUCGGUUGGAAAUACCGAAAUAGAAGACGCUGUAAGUGAACAACAGAGAGAGUCUGAAAGAGAAGUGAGAACGAUCGAACUAUACAGAAUCUCGAGAUUCAAACAAACACUAGCAAUCAAUUUCAGAAGAAAAAGACUGCUACUUCUAGUGUCAUUGAAACCCUAACAAACCGACAAAAAAACUCAAACAAAUCCGAGAAGAUCUAUCAAACACAGAGGGAGAGAGAGAGAGCGAGAAGAGAAGUGUGGAUAAUAAACAUUCAAUAGUGGAAAGAUCCGAUGGAAUGGCUGAACCAAAUGGUGUCAGAGCCCUAUUAUCUCUCCCAUUUCCUCACUUUCUUCUCCUACUUCAUCCUCCGCACCUCCACUACCUCCCUUCUCUCUCCUCACCUAACUCAUCAUCUCCUUCAUCGAGAAAUUCAAGCGGUUCUGGCAUUUUCUGUGUUGGCUCUUUUGAAGUUGGUUAGACAAGAAACUUGGGAGGCCUUUAUUGCUGACAUGCUGUUUUUUGCAAAGGUUUUUCUUGUCGCUCUUGCUUUGGUAAUUGAUUACCACCUGGCUCUUUGGUACUUGGGGGCAUUUUUUGUGAUAUAUAUUCUAACCCAACAGCCUGCCUACCAAGGACUAGGUACUUCAAGUAAACUAACACCGUUGCAGUUGGAAGCCUUGCUGACAGAGGGAAACAUAUCAAGAUUCUGGCUGGUAGAAUUUCGUGCAUCGUGUUCACCUGCUAGCAUAUGCACAAGUCGGUGCUUUCCUGAGCUCUCAAUUACGUAUUCAAACAAAAAAUUAUCUUUUGGAAUAGUUGACCUUGGACUCUUCCCAAAUGCAGCUGAAAAAUUUGGAAUAUAUCUUGGUGGGAGCAUGGGUCAACUUCCUACAUAUAUCUUAUUUGAGAAUGCAGCUGAGGUUGCACGUAUUCCACAGUUGGAUUUUGAAGCGAAAUCUUCUCGUCCUCCCAUAACUAAGAGACUUCUUUCUCGAUAUUUUGAGCUUGAUCGGCUCCUCCUUGAGUAUAUAAAGGGUAAAUAGUUCAUUCAAAUUGCUGUCUGACAUAUACCCGACAGUUUCAAUUAUUCAUUUCAAUCAUAUUCUUAAGUCUUAACUAGCCUUGAGAAUUGAGAUGUAAAGAACAUAAUUUGUUACUUAUAAAAACAAGUAAAGAACGUAACAAAUUAUAUAGUUCAGUUUUUCUUGUUGUAUGAUAUUUUUCCCAUGUAAUGGUUUGAUGAGUUUGUUAUCCUCAUUGAACCAUCUUCAUUGGCUGCUUAGUUGUGGCGGCAGUUUGAUUGUAUAAGAUCAUAUUUGAAGGAAGAUAGAAGAUACAUUUAUCGAGACA